ACCUUGCCGACCACAACUGCAACGUCAACUACUACUGCAACGACUACAACUCCCACGUCAAGCAAAACCACCACCACCCCGACCACUACCGCGACAACCACGCCGACCACUAGCGUGGCGUCAACUACUCCUGAAACGACUACAACUGCCACGACAACCGAAACCACCACCACGCCGACCACUGCCACGGCGUCAACUACUACUGAAACGACAAUAAAUCCCACGACAACCGAAACCACCACCACACCGACCACUACCGCGACGUCAACUACAACUGCAAUGACUACAACUCCCACGACAACCGAAAGCAGAACCACGCCGACCACUAGCGUGGCGUCAACUACUCCUGAAACGACUACAGCUGCCACGACAACCGAAACCACCACCAUGCCGACCACUACCGCGACGCCGACCACUGCCGUGGCGUCAAUUACUACCGCGACAUCAACUACUACUGAAACGACUACAACUCCCACGACAAUCGAAACCACCACCACACCGACCACUACCGCGACAUCAACUACUACUGCAACGACUACAACUUCCACGACAAGCAAAACCACCACCACACCGACCACCACCACGCCGACCACUACCGCGACGUCAACUACUACUGAAAUGACUACCGAAACCACCACGACAUCAACUACUACUGAAACGACUACAACUCCCACGACAACCGAAACCACCACCACACCGACCACUACCGCGACAUCAACUACUACUGCAACGACUACAACUUCCACGACAAGCAAAACCACCACCACACCGACCACCACCACGCCGACCACUACCGCGACGUCAACUACUACUGAAAUGACUACCGAAACCACCACCACACCGUCCACAGCCGCGGUGUCACCCACUACUGCGACGUCAACUACAACUGCAAUGACUACAACUCCCACGUCAAGCAAAACCACCACCACCCCGACCACUACACCACUUCCGCGGCCGUCAAGCACCUGCCGCGGCAUCAACUACUACUGCAACGACUACAACUCCCACGACAAGCAAAACAACCACCACGCCGACCACUACCGUGGCCACAACCACGCCGACCAGUACCGCGACAUCAACGACUACUGCAACGACUACAUCUCCCACGAGAACCGAUAG